AUGAAGUCGGCCAGUCACUUGUUCUACCUAUCCGUCUUUAGCCUCUGGACGUCAUCUGCGCUUUGCGCUGUGGGCGAGGACAAAGGGUGUGCCAUAAACCCAAAGUCCAUCGUGCAGGAUGCCUGCGCGUCAUACGCUACCCUCGAGAAGCUAAACGAACGAGUCAAGCCUGCCCUCGACGACCUCACGCGGACGACCGACUUCUUCUCGCACUAUCGGCUCAACCUCUUCAACAAGAAAUGCCCCUUCUGGAACGACGAAAACGGCUUCUGCGGCAACAUAGGAUGCGCCGUCGAGACGCUGGACAACGAGGAGGACAUACCGCAGGUCUGGAGAGCAAAGGAGCUCGGCAAGCUCGAAGGCCCCCUGGCCAAGCACCCCGGAAAGCAGGAGCAGCGCAAGAACCCGCGGCGGCCGCUGCACGGGGAGCUCGGCGAGGACGUCGGUGAGAGCUGCGUGGUCGAGUACGACGACGAGUGCGACGAGCGGGACUACUGCGUGCUCGAGGACGAGAGCACGGCCUCCAAGGGCGACUACGUGAGCCUGCUCCGCAACCCGGAGCGCUUCACGGGCUACGGCGGCGAGGGCGCGCACCAGGUCUGGGACGCCGUGUACCGCGAAAACUGCUUCCAGAGGAGCUCCUUCUCCCACUCGGCCAACCUGGGCAUGUCGCUCAACUACAACCCGGCGGCCCAGGACUUCAAGCAGGUCAUGGACGCCGCCGGCCGGCAGGCGCAGCUCCAGGCGCAGCGCGCCCUGCAGCCCAACACGCCCUUUGUCGCCCACACCGGGUACGAGGUGGACGACGAGUGCCUCGAGAAGCGCGUCUUCUACCGCGUCAUGUCGGGCAUGCACGCCAGCAUCAGCGCGCACCUCUGCUGGGAGUUCCUGAACCAGACCACCGGCCAGUGGCAGCCCAACCUGCAGUGCUACCGGGAGCGCCUGCACGGGCACCCGGACCGCAUCAGCAACCUGUACUUCAACCACGCCCUGCUGACCAGGGCCGUGGCCAAGCUCGGCGCCCACCUGCGCGGCCCGCGGUACACCUUUUGCACCGGCGACCCGGGCGAAGACGGGGCGACCCGGGCCAAGGUGGACCGCGUCACCCGGGAGGCCGCCAGCAUCCCCGAGAUGUUUGACGAGAGCCUCAUGUUUGUCAACGGCGAGGGGCCGUCGCUCAAGGAGGACUUUCGCAACCGCUUCCGCAACGUGAGCCGGCUCAUGGACUGCGUCGGCUGCGACAAGUGCAGGCUGUGGGGGAAGGUGCAGACCAACGGCUACGGCACCGCGCUCAAGGUCCUCUUUGAGUUUGACAACAAGAGCGACGACAUCCCGGUGCUCAAGAGGACCGAGCUGGUGGCGCUCUUCAACACGUAUGCCCGCAUCAGCGAGUCCAUGCGAGCCGUCGGCGAGUUUCGAGACAUGGUGGCGGCGGCAGAGGCGGCGGAGGCGGCAGAUGCGGCUGGGGAAGGCGGCGCCGGGCCGUCGUCGGGGAGCGGCAAGGCGUCCGCGGCGGGGCCCGACUUUGCCGUCUUCACCACCGAGGACGAGGACGAGGCUGCAAGGGAACACGACGGCCAAGGCGACGCCAGCCAGAGCCCGGCGGCAAAACUGGCAAAGCACCGCGCGACGGCUCUGUGGGUCGAGUUUCUCGAGAUGCAACGGCGCGGGCCCGAGAGCGACUCCAUCUGGGACCAGGUUGCUCACGAAAUCCGCCUUUUGCGACAGUCUUUCAAAGUAGUCGUCCACGGCUGGUUCCACGGAUCAAUACUAUUAUGUCGCGUCGUCGUCAACGAAGCGCAUCGCCUCUGGCUCUACUUUCUCGGGCUGCAGCCCGGGCCGGGGUUUAUCACCUACAGCUGGACGCCGAAGGACAAGAAAUCCGAUUUAUAG